CAUAUUCAGAAAGUAUAUGGAGGGGAAGUCGAAAUUACCUGCUGCGGGGAGAUGGAGUUAGGCGUUUAUGGAGGGGAAGUGGUCGGCGGCCGGCGGACUGGCGGCGGAGGCAGGGCGUCGGCGGCGGUUGCGUGGGCGGAGGCAGGGCCGGCUGGCUGGGCGAGGGCGACGACAGGAUCGCGUGGGAGAGGCUGGGCGAGGCCGACGGCAGGGUCGCCGGGCGAGGGCGGCUGGUUGCGCUGGCGACGGCAGGGUCGCGCGGGGAGGCUGGGCGACGGCGGGGUCGCCGGGAGGAGGCGAGGCGGUAGAUGUGAGGGGCGACGCAGGUCUCUGUCGAGAAGAAGAUAGAAAAUGGAAUGGGUUGGGGGCGGCUGUUAAAGUAGGGUUUUGGGGGCGGUUGUGUUAAAAAAAAAGAAUUUUUUUUGUUUCUGUGGGGAUUCGAAAACUGGUAUGUUUUAAUGAAAUCAAGCGCCCAACAAGUAGGAAUCCCGUGUGCAACAUGUUUAAGAAUCAGAUCCAAAGCUAUAAAUUGUUGUUUCUCAU